AUGAAGGGGAGGUCCGAAGACCUUGAAAAUGCGGAGUUCUUUCCCAUGACCCGCCGAAGGUCCACGUCCGGCGCAUCUUCCCGCACUUCCACCGAUUCAGGCUUGUCCGUCGAUACGACCUACCUUGAGGAGAACAAACCGAACGCCUUCGCGAAUGGCGCCUCGGAAGCGGCUGACGAUACCGGAUACCGCGAUGUGGAGGAUGGGGAUCCUGAUGUCGAUGAGCCGUUCCUCCAUACCUCGUCUAAGAAGGCCACAUCGGGAAGCCGCACGCGUCAGAUAUUCUGGGCUUUGAUACUACUGUGCCUGGGAGGCUGGGUGCUGGCGUUGGUACUGUUUUUGACUCAAGGUCGCACGAGCUAUCAAACAGCGUCCGAUACUUUGAAGCAGCCUGAAUCGGAUUCGGGGAGCACCAGCGCCGGAAAGCCUGUGACGCUGGAACAAGUCCUUACAGGAGCAUGGAAUCCUCGGCAUCACGCCAUCUCGUGGAUUGCAGGCUCGAAUGGGGAAGAUGGGUUGUUAGUGCAGAAAGGAGAGGCUAAUAAAGAAGGCUAUCUACUGGUCGAUGAUAUUCGGGAUCAAGAAGGCGCUGAUGUUGACGGCCAGAAAAGUAAAGUCUUAAUGAAGAAUCCUAUUGUACGAGUCAACGGGAAUGCCGUGAUUCCUGUCUAUACGUGGCCUAGUCCGGACCUGAAAAAGGUGUUGCUCAUGUCAGACCACGAGACGAACUGGAGAUACUCAUACACCGGGAACUAUUGGAUCUUCGAUGUGGAUACUCAAACGGCUCAGCCAGUGGAUCCCAGUGUCCCAGACGGAAGACUGCAACUUGCACUUUGGUCCCCGAACUCGGAUGCUGUAGUGUUCGUCAGAGACAAUAACAUGUACUUGCGAAAGCUGUCUUCAGAAAGUGUUGUGCCCAUUACCAAAGACGGCGGCAAGGACCUUUUCUACGGAGUACCCGAUUGGGUAUACGAAGAAGAGGUUAUCACGCGGAAUAGUGUGACAUGGUGGUCGAACGAUGGGAAAUUCAUUGCUUUCCUUCGAACUAACGAGUCAGCCGUUCCUGAAUUCCCGGUCCAGUACUUCGUGUCAAGGCCAUCGGGGAAAAAACCCCCUCCAGGACUUGAGAACUAUCCUGAGGUUAGACAGAUCAAAUACCCUAAAGCUGGGUCUCCGAACCCUGUAGUCAAUUUACAGUUUUACGACGUCGAGAAAGACGAGGUGUUCCCUGUCGACGUACCUGAGGAUUUCCCCGAUGAUGACCGUAUCAUCAUAGAGGUGCUGUGGGCUUCUGAGGGAAAGGUCAUCGUUCGUGCCACAAACCGAGAGAGUGACGUGGUAAAGAUCUUCCUGAUUGAUACAAAUUCAAGAACAGGCAAGAUGGUUAGACUCGAAGAUAUCGCCGGUCUUGAUGGUGGCUGGGUCGAACCUUCGCAUUAUACCAAGUUUAUCCCAGCGGACCCCAGCAACGGACGACCACAUGAUGGUUAUAUCGACACUGUUAUUCAUGAUGGAUACAAUCAUCUAGCUUACUUUACGCCUCUGGACAAUCCUAAUCCCAUCAUGCUCACCACAGGUGAGUGGGAGGUUGUGGACGCACCAUCCGCUGUGGACUUGCGCAGAGGCAUCGUUUAUUUUGUGGCGGCAAAGGAGUCUCCGACACAACGCCACGUGUACCGCGUUCAGCUUGAUGGAUCAAAUUUUCUGCCCUUGACAGACACUUCAAAACCAAGCUUUUAUUCCGUGUCCUUCUCUAGCGGUGCCGGGUAUGCUUUGCUUAGCUACGAUGGGCCGUCGGUCCCAUGGCAGGCUAUCAUCAACACUGAAGGCGAUGGUAUUACAUUUGAGAAAACCAUUGAGGAGAACCCCGGAUUAACUAACAUGGUGCAAACAUAUGCUCUUCCGACCGAAGUCUACCAAAAUGUGACUAUUGAUGGCUUCACCCUUCAGCUCGUUGAGCGUCGCCCACCGCACUUCAAUCCAGCUAAGAGGUACCCCGUUGUCUUCCAGCUAUAUAAUGGUCCAGCCUCGCAGAGGGUGGAUCGCAAGUUCACGAUUGACUUUCAAUCUUAUAUUGCUUCAAACCUAGGUUAUAUUGUCGUGACUCUUGACGCGAGGGGUACAGGAUACAGCGGACGAAAAGUGAGGUGCGCAAUCCGCGGGAAUAUGGGACAUUACGAAGCGCAUGAUCAGAUCGCCACCGCGAAAAUGUGGGCUGCGAAGCCAUAUGUUGAUGAGACGCGAAUGGCAAUCUGGGGCUGGAGUUACGGUGGAUUCAUGACACUGAAGAUUCUCGAGCAAGAUGCAGGGGAAACAUUCCAAUAUGGGAUGGCUGUUGCUCCCGUCACUAACUGGAGAUUCUACGAUUCAAUAUACACAGAGCGAUAUAUGCAUACACCAGAACACAACCCCUACGGUUACGACAACUCGACCAUCACCGACAUGGCUGCACUUUCAAAUGCUGUGCGCUUUUUGCUUAUCCACGGCGCCUCAGACGACAACGUACAUAUCCAAAACACCCUAACAUUCCUCGACAAGCUGGACUUGUCCAAUGUACAGAACUAUGACAUGCAUUUCUACCCCGACUCCGAUCACUCCAUCUACUUCCAUAACGCGCAUUUCAUGAUAUACCAGCGUCUCUCAAACUGGCUUAUUAACGCAUUCAACGGGGAAUGGCACCAGAUCGCGCAUCCUGUCCCCGAAGAUUCAAUGUGGAAUAAAGCCAAACGGUCUUUACCGUUUUUCGCGCAUUAA